UACAGUACUGUAUAAAUCAUACAAUUUGAUAAAAAUAGAAAACUGAUUAAUCAUAAAAUCGCAAAUUACGUUAGAUCGGUUCCCUGCGAUUUUUGAUUUUUCGUACUUUGAUCGAAAAACUUUUUCGUGAUCCUCACAACCGAACCAAGCUCAUGGUAAAUACGCCGGUAUUACUGGGGAGUUUAGAAGUGAUUCUGUAACAGAGCAUGUCCAACCGAACAGAUCGAAGUACUCCGCCGACGCUGACAAUGCGAUCCAUGACGACUUCUAGCGCGGAUUUGCAGAAGAAAUUUGAAGAAUUGAACUCUUUGAAACGGGCAGUGGAAGAUUUGGCCCCGAGUGAAGACUUUGGCAAACGUCUAAAUUAUUUACAGCAGCUGCGAAACGGCGCCAGCGCUUUGAGAAGCCAAGUUUCUGAACAUUCGACGAAGCCGUCGGUGGCCGACAUUAGUUCACUUCUGCGAUUUGCUGUGGAGGGCAUCGAUAAUCUAGUGAAAGAAAGAAAUCAGGCGCGCAACCGUUCUGGAUUAUCUGGUUCGCUGGCGAACCUCUCUUUCCAGUCGCCAUUUUCUUUGUCAUCUGCCAACGGAGAUUUGCAAACUGAGGAAGUGGGACAGAAUCGCUUGCUGAAAGAAAUUCAAGACGUCCUCGCCAAGAACUCUGCAGACAUUAUCCGAGAAUUACAGGUCACCAAAAAGGAAUUGUCUGAUCGCUUGGACUUGCUGGAGAACAGGACCAAUGUUCGGUUUGUAGCGGUUGAAAAGAAAUUGAGCGACGUCGAGGGUGCUUUUAAACAGACGACGCAGAAAGUGGAACAGCAGUACGGAGAUUUGUUCGACCGAUUUAGAACAAUGGGCGAGAAUCACACACAGAAGAUCGAAGAACUCCAGCGGCAACAGCAGACGAACGCCGCUGUUCCCCAUGUUGUACACGUUAAUUUGAGUGGAAUGCUGCCAAUGGGCACGGCACAGUUGGAAGGCACCAUGAAUAUGGCCCGUCCCGUCAGCACGGAAUUGAGCCCGGCUUUCACCGCGUCAGCGCAUUCCACUCCGCCACAGGUUACCGCCGCUCAACCGUCAACUUCAUCGAAUCCCCAGUUUGUAGUGCAUGUGCCCAAGAAAGAACCAUCUUCACUGGAACGCCUAAUUAAUACGCCUGUCUGCUCACCGGCUACGGUUGUUCCGGAAACGAAAGGCACCAAAACCGUUACUUGGGGAGCUCCGGCACAGAAAUCCCAAAUUCCAAGCAUGUCCACCCCGAAGCCGGAAAAACCCAAUGAGACCCCGGUGAAAAUCCCUGCCGAUCCCAUUAAGGCCUCAGAGUCAGCAAAGGGUGGUUUGUUUUCUGGAUUCCAAGGGUUCGGUACAGCCUUCCAAGGAGCAACGCCUGAAGUGGCUAAAAGCGCAGCCCCUUCAUCCUCUGUUUUCUCGGGAUUUGGAACUAGUAAAUCUGGGCAAAGCGAUGCUUCGUCUUUGUUUUCCAUUGGAACCGCCGGUGGAGCGUCCAGUUUUGCUGAUCUGGCUAGUUCAGGAACAACUGGGAUGUUUCAGAAUAAUCCUAGUGGAUUCCCCGGAAGUGGGUCAAAACUGUUUGCACCAGUGGCCAUAGUGCAGGCUGCUGGGAACGAUGAGGAUGAAGAGGGUGAAGGAGGAUCCGCGGAAUAUGAACCCAACGUCUCAUUCAAACCACUCGUUAAUUUACCGGAAGUCGAAGUGAAGACUGGGGAAGAAGAAUAUGAAACCCUUUUCAAGGAGCGUGCAAAACUUCACCGAUUCGACAGGAAUACAUCGGAGUGGAAGGAGCGAGGCCUGGGCGACAUAGCGAUCCAGCGACGAGUCAACCCAGAAACAAGAAAAAUCAAUGGGCGUGUUUUGAUGAGAUGGGAGAAAACGUUCAAAAUUUGUGCAAAUCAUGCUAUCUUGCCGUCCAUGAAGUUAGAUCGAAAAGAAGGAGAGAAAACACUGUGGCGUUGGUCGGCUCAGGACUUCGCGGAUGGAGAACUCAAGCCAGAAUAUUUUGCUGUGAGAUUCAAGUUACCCGACCGUGCGGAUGCUUUUAAAGACGCAUUUGAGCGUAUCCAGAAAGAAGUCGCUUGUCAGGAAGCCACCGGGGAAAUCGCUAAACCUGUUGAAAAGAAGCAAGAAACGGUUCCUGAUAAACAGCCUUCACUGAGCGAAAUGUUCAAACCGAAGGUUGGCUCCUGGAGUUGUGAUGCGUGUUAUACUGUAAAUAGCGCCGAUAAAAGUGCAUGUGUAUCUUGCACCACUCCGAAAGCCGGUUCUGCACCGGCACCUGAGCCAAGUGGGCCCUUCAAAAAUCUAUUCCAACCCAGUGCCUCCGCUGCUGCACAGCCUGGCUUUGGAUUUAGCUUCGGUGCUCCUCCGGCAGCGGCGGUAAAGGCCGACGACAAAGCUUCUUCUUUUGCGAAUUUAUUUGGAUCGUCCGCUACAUCUGCUGCUACUCCCGGUGGCGGUUUUUCGUUUGCGUCAGCGAUGACUACUCCGCAGAAAGGGUCUGCCCCCACUGGCACCGGUGGCUUUUCUUUUAAUCCAUCUGGGAAUUUCUCCUUCAGUCUGACUAGCCCCCAGACUACACCGAAAAAGCCUGAAGAAGAGAACGAUGAAGAUGAUACGGGCGAUGUUGAAGCUGAACGCACUGAUUUAUAUUUCGAGCCCAUUGUUAAACUACCGGAAAAGGUUGACCUGUCAACUGGAGAAGAAAAUGAACUUGAACUGUAUUCGCAGCGGGCCAAGCUCUAUCGGUACACUAAUGCCGAAUGGAAGGAACGUGGCCUGGGUGAUCUCAAAAUGUUGAAAGACAAAAAUUCCAAUAAGAUUCGUCUUCUUAUGCGUCGAGAAAAGAUCCUUAAAGUUUGCUGCAACCACCACGUACGAGAGGAUAUGGAACUGCGUCCGAUGCCGGGUUCAAAAAAUGCAUGGAUAUGGGAUGCGAUGGAUUUUAGCGAAGGUACAAUGGAGCGCGAAACAUUGGCUGUGAAGUUUAAACACGAAGCUCAUGCAAAGGAAUUCAAGGAGUUGUUUGAUCGAUGCAAGCAGAUCGUAGCUGGAAAAUGGAAGGAUGAGAUUAAAGAGUUCGAUCGCGUUCUGGUGAAUGAGAACGAAAUGAUGAUGCCGAUUGUUGACGGAGGGCAAAAGGCACCCGUCAAGAUGGAUACCAAUGUUUUGCCGAGUAUUGGAUUACAAACCUCUACGCAAGUGCGAGAUGAUGUUCCUGCGCAUGAGGAGCGUGUUGACGUUCAAAAGGAAAUCGAUCUUCGGCGGCACUGUUAUGGUGAUAAGUUGUACAAUCAGUUCGGGGUGAUAUACAACGGUCGUGGAAAAGUUGAUGCUGUUGUGCAUCCGCAUAGCGGUCUGCUACGCUUGAAAACCGAGGAUAACUUGAAGGAUCUCAUUGCUGCAGACGAAAGACCUCGUGAUGAGUUUAUGAUGGUCCUAGAAUCUGUGACUGAGCCAAUAGACAUUUCCGAUCACAGUAAUCUGCCUCAAAGCAUCCUUCGGUAUUUGGCCGUUAUGCGUAUCCGCGAGCUGGGUGAGGAUGAAAUUUGGCGGGCUCCCAUCUUUGAGCGUAAUGCUACGGUUCACAAACAACCCGAAAAAAGUAGGAACUGGGAAAAUUUGAAAGCCGGGCAGAUUCGUGUGGGCCGGGACAGUGAAUAUGAUAGUCCGUUCUACGUUGAAUUCGUUGAACGCAAUGAUAAUCCUUACGAGGAACCGAACUCUUUAGCAAUUCACAGCAUCGCCUCCGACGCGCAUUUGGAAACGGAUCCGCAGAGUAAUACAGCCAAAUGGAAAGCCAGCGAUGAAGCCACUGGACGCUCAGAAAAGGCCACAUUUAAGGCGACGUUUAGUGAUCGUCCGUCCCUGUUAGAAUUUGAACGUGUUUUCCAGGAAGGAGCUCGUUUUGCGGCGGAAUUGGGCGUGUUAACGACUGAUGUAUACAAUGGUUAAUAAUCUCGAAUUUUCUGCCGAAACUUUUCGAUUAGAACUUUUUGCUCUGUGAAUUAUUGAGUAUGUUUACUAUUUUUUCUUUCGUAGAAUGUCGGUUUUUAAUGUUUUAGCUGUGGAAAACAGUGUACCGUAAACUUUGAAAAUUAAACGUGAAAACAUUUGCCCGUUUCUAAGUGU